GUGGCAAUCACACGCUGACUUUUCUCAACUAACCAUAAAGACAUCGGCACCCUUUAUCUCGUAUUUGGUGCUUGAGCUGGAAUAGUAGGAACUGCCUUAAGCCUGCUCAUUCGAGCCGAAUUAAGCCAACCUGGAGCUCUCCUAGGAGACGAUCAAAUUUAUAAUGUUAUUGUUACAGCACAUGCGUUUGUAAUAAUUUUUUUUAUAGUAAUACCAAUUAUGAUUGGAGGCUUCGGAAAUUGAUUAGUACCACUUAUGAUCGGUGCUCCUGAUAUAGCAUUCCCCCGAAUAAACAACAUAAGCUUCUGACUUCUUCCCCCAUCAUUCCUCCUACUGCUAGCUUCUUCUGGCGUCGAAGCUGGGGCCGGCACUGGAUGGACAGUCUACCCCCCACUGGCAGGAAACCUCGCUCACGCAGGUGCAUCAGUUGACCUGACUAUUUUUUCUCUUCACCUGGCUGGGGUUUCAUCUAUUCUUGGUGCCAUUAAUUUUAUUACUACCAUUAUUAAUAUGAAGCCACCAGCUAUUUCACAAUAUCAAACGCCCCUAUUUGUGUGGGCCGUUUUAAUUACUGCCGUUCUACUUCUCUUGUCUCUUCCAGUUCUUGCUGCCGGAAUUACAAUGCUCCUUACAGAUCGAAACCUGAAUACCACCUUCUUUGAUCCAGCUGGAGGGGGAGACCCUAUUCUUUACCAACACUUAUUCUGAUUCUUCGGACACCCUGAAGUAUAUAUUUUAAUUCUUCCAGGGUUCGGUAUAAUCUCCCACAUCGUGGCAUACUAUUCUGGUAAAAAGGAACCUUUCGGGUACAUAGGAAUGGUUUGAGCGAUGAUGGCCAUCGGUCUCUUAGGAUUUAUUGUAUGGGCCCAUCACAUGUUCACAGUUGGUAUAGACGUUGACACACGUGCUUAUUUUACAUCCGCGACAAUAAUUAUUGCCAUCCCAACUGGCGUAAAAGUAUUCAGCUGACUAGCUACCCUGCAUGGGGGGACAAUUAAAUGAGAAACCCCGAUGCUCUGAGCUCUUGGUUUCAUUUUCCUAUUCACAGUCGGGGGCCUAACAGGAAUUGUCCUAGCCAACUCUUCCCUUGACAUCGUUCUUCACGACACCUACUAUGUAGUAGCCCACUUCCACUAUGUUCUGUCGAUAGGCGCAGUCUUUGCUAUUAUGGCCGGCUUCGUCCACUGAUUCCCUUUAUUCUCCGGCUUCACCCUUCACGAUACCUGAACUAAAAUCCACUUCGGUGUUAUAUUUGUAGGCGUUAACCUCACAUUCUUCCCCCAACAUUUCCUAGGUCUGGCCGGAAUGCCUCGUCGAUACUCAGAUUACCCAGACGCAUACACGCUAUGAAAUUCCGUCUCAUCUGUUGGCUCAUUAAUUUCCCUUGUUGCCGUUAUUCUCUUCUUAUUCAUCGUCUGAGAAGCUUUCGCUUCUAAACGUGAAGUACACUCAGUUGAAAUGGCCUCAACUAAUGUUGAAUGGCUGCAUGGCUGCCCUCCUCCUUAUCAUACAUUCGAAGAGCCAGCAUUUGUACAAGUCAAGUUUCUAAUCAUCGAGAAAGGAAGG